UUAAUAAGCCGACAAUCAUUGAUCCCCAAAGUGCCAAAAUUUUUACUCUCGAAAAGCCAAUUGAUAAUUCUCAUCAGUCAUCAUCAUCAUCAAGAUCAAUCUGAAUCAUGUGUUACGGUCACCCUCACCGACGAUCAUUACCACCGGACCAUUUCACUCCUUCAAGAACUCAUCGGACUUUAAAUGACAACGCUUUGGCAGUGGAGGAGUUGCAUGGUCGGCUGGCCGAGACGGAGGCGCGGCUGGAGCGAGCCAGAGCUCGAGAAGCCGAGCUCAGCCGCCGCCUUGAGGAAAUGAAACGAUUCGUUUUGGUAAUGGAGAUUCUUGAGACUUACCUUAAACGACGGUUUCGCGAGCAGCAAGAACAACUGUCACAGCUCUUCUCUUCGCUUCCGAAUUUUGAACAUACAGAGAACAAGUGUUGGUGAAAUGCAUAGUUUGGUGUUUCUAGUUAUUUCAGAAACUGGCUUUAAAGCUUGUAUCCUCUUGUAAGAUGGGUAUAUGGGCAGGAGAUGUCGGUUACAGUCUUGAAUGAUCCUUAGGUAUAGUUAGUUUUGUGGAAUCUUUUGUCAUGGCUCCACAUUUUUAGUAAGCAUGGAAAGUAAUCUUGGUGAAUGUCAAGAUAGGGGGGUUGCAAUUUCAUUUAGCUGAUUGAUUAACAACUCUGUCCUCUUUCUCUUUCGCUCACCCCUGCACACACUAAUUCCAUCACAUGCACUCGCAGUCAUACAGACACCAAGUGAGUGUAUGUAUUAUAACUCUUACAAUAAUUUCUCUUUUAGAUAUGCCAUGCCUGAUUUUCCUGAUUGUACUUUAAU